CUGCACUAUCUCACACAGCUGACAGACACACAGAACCUUUCUGAUCACAUCAGAUCACAGUUUGAUUUAAGUUCAGCUUCUUCAUCACUCUGAAGAGGAGAUCUCAACACUUCAGGAGGACCAGGAGACAUCAAGAUGGCUUCAACACCAAGAAGAGGACGGAGUCAAGACCUGCCUCCUCCACCUGAUCACUCUGAAUUAAUGAACAAACCCAAAGAACUUGCAGCUUCAUUCAUCAGAGAGUUUGACAACAGAGAACCAAAGAUGAGACAGAUUGUUGGAGAGUUUAGGGAGAUCUCUGAUGAAGUUAGAAAGAUGCAGGAGAGAACAGAUAAAGUCAGAAAAGCAGGAGCUGGUGCACUAGGAGUCACAGCCCUUGGCAUGCUGUUGGGCGUAGCAGCAGGCAGAGCAGAAUCAGCAGCACUAACAGUAGCAGCAGGAGCAACAGGAUCAGCCAUUUUGGUUGCUGGUGCAAAUGUAACAAAAGGGAUAUCAGAGAGUGAAAGUGUAAAUAAAGUGGCAGAACUGGGGAAAGUUUUCAUGGAGAUUGUUGAACGGCUGAAGAAACAUCUGGAAGAAAUAAAGAGGAUGUGUGCAGAGUUGGAGGAAACAUCAGCUGAACUUCAGGCUGAAAUCUCUCUGAAAGACAUGGAGGUGUUUCAGUUGACUCUUAGAAGAGUGUCUAUCCUGGGAAGAAGUGACGGAGUAAUGUCUAUGUGGAAUGUUGUCACACCUACUGCGACACCUGAAAAGGACAGAAAGUUAACAGACUCCAUCAUCAAGUCAGCUGAUUGUUGUCAAGAAGUCGUUGAUGACUUGAAGAAGAUGAAGGAAGAACUCAAAGACUUUACAGAAAAGUGAACAUACAUGAUGCAGUGGGAAGAAAGGGGUUGUGGACCCAGAUGAUCCUGUGAUCCUGUUUAUCUGAACAAACUCCUCCGUAUUGGAAUAUGAUAUUUACUUUCUCCGAAAAUGCUGAUGCUUAUAAUUCUGUCUGAAACAUGAUUAUGUUUCUGUCAGAUCCAGAGCAGAGAAAACCAGUCUGAUGAACUGUGAAACAUAAAGUGAUGCUAGCUGAGAAUAGAUGAGCCGUGUAGUAACGUAGCAACACCACAAGAUGGCAGCAGCUGCACCUGAUGCACCGUGGGGGGGCCCUGCACAUGUUUCACAAUAAAAGCCUGGAUAGAACCCUGCACAUGUUUCACAAUAAAAGCCUGGA